AUGCCUUCACCUAGUGACCAUCCCCAGGGCUCUUUCCCCCCAAAGUGGGAACAUGCGCUGCCUACAGCAGUUGCAACUGUUGCGGUUGUAGCGGGGACUACGGCGGCUCUACAGCUCGCAGGACGGUUGCGGGGGGGCGCUUCGCUUGCAGCUGUGGAGGUCGGAGCUGCCUUUGCAUGUGCUGCAUACUUGACUUGGCGUUACUUUCGGGAUGUUUCCUCCCUUGCAGCUACCACCGAGCUGCAAUCUGCACCAACUCCCCCCAAAAAAGUAGCUCAGAACAACUUGGAUGAGUCGGAGAGCUGCUGCGGCGGCGCCUGGGGAUGCACUUGCUCGUCUGAUGCAGCAGUGGUGACGGAAGAACAGGAAGAGGAGGGGGAAGCCGACCUCGAAGAUUUGCAAGGCAGCGACGACGAGUUCAAGAAAGCAGCCCGUGCUGCCAAUCUAUCAACCUACCUGCAGCCGAAGGCCUCAAGGCAGCGAGCGCUUUCUCAACUGUCAAAAGAAGACGGUGAACGAGGGGAAGUAGAACUGUCGGGAACUGCAGCGCUGUCUGCAGCUGGAGCAGCUGCAGCUGCGCCACCCGCAGGAGCCACUCCGAACUAUGAAGGCACAUUCCUCCCAGGGCGCUCGAAAAUUUACUUCAAGACCUUCGGCUGUUCCCACAACGUUUCCGACUCGGAGUACAUGCAGGGCUUGCUGCACGCGUCGGGGUAUCGGUUUGUGGAGACGAUGGAUGAGGCUGACAUCUGCGUUGUCAAUUCGUGCACGGUGAAGAGCCCCUCGGAGUUCGCUCUCUACUCCGUAAUAAGGGCGGCCUUGGGACAGGCACCCGCUUGCAGCAACACUGCUAGUGCUGCUGCUGCGGGUGCUGAGGGUGCGGGCAAGAAGCGGCAAGCUGCAUUACCUUCCCCGUCGGAACUGGCGGCGGGCGAUAGUGCAACAACUGAGGAUGAGCUCCAGAGCUGCUCCCCACCAGGGCAGCAGGAGGAGGAGGAGGAGCAGCAGCAACAACAACAACAGCAACUGCGACGGAAAAUCCCCUGCGUGGUUACAGGCUGCGUACCAGGGGCAGCUAGAAGCGACAGGCGCGGCAAGGGCCCUGCAGGGGCUGCUGUGCCAUGGCAGGAGGCGCUUCUAGAGCAGUGCUCGAUUGUCGGUGUAUCCGCAUUUGGCCGCAUUGUGGAGGUUGUGGAGGAGGCGCUACAAGGCCGCAUCGUCCGCCUCACCGGCGGCAAGGGACUGCCUCCAUUGGAUUUGCCCAAGAUUCGGCGCAACCGCUUGAUAGAAAUUGUGCCCAUUAGCACGGGAUGUCUCGGCAACUGCACCUAUUGCAAGACAAAGCACGCGCGCGGAGACCUGGGCAGCUACCCAGAGGAGGCGAUUGAAGCUCGGGUGCGGAGCGCCAUAAAACAGGGAGCUACACAAAUUUGGCUUACCAGCGAAGACACAGGGGCUUACGGGUUGGACAUUGGCAGCAGUCUGACGCAGCUACUGCGGCGGCUGCUGCAGCGGCCGCUGCCAGAGGAGGUGAUGCUGCGCGUGGGGAUGGGCAACCCUCCGUUCUUGCUGGGUCAGUUGGCUGCAGCUACGGAUAUCUUAGGCCACCCGAAUGUCUUCGAAUUCCUUCACCUCCCAGUGCAGUCCGGCAGCAACAGCGUACUGAGUCGCAUGAAGCGGGACUACACGGUGGAGCAAUUUCGACAGGUGGUGGAUGCCUGCCUGCAGGCCCACCCUCGAAUGAGCAUCAUGACGGAUAUCAUUUGCGGCUUUCCGGGCGAGACGGAAGAAGACCACCUCGAGACCUUGCGGCUACUGACCGACUAUCGCUUCCCAGCAGUCAACAUCAGUCAGUUCUACCCCCGCCCCAAUACUCCUGCUGCAGCGAUGAAGCAGCUGAAUUCACAAGUGGUUAAGCGUCGUAGCAGAGAAGCAACCCAGCUCUUCGAGUCAUACACCUGCUACGACUGGAUGGUUGGCACGGUUCAAAAGGUUUGGUUCUCUUCUCACUCCGACCGCAGCGAGCACACAGUGGGACACACAAAGCAAUACGUCAAGAUCCUUGUAGACAGGGACGAGGCACUUCUAGGGAAGGUCGCGUUCGUGCGAGUGAUUUCGGCGUCUAAGUGGCACUGUAUGGGGGCUUUGUGCGGUCCCCCGGAUGCCUAG